ACCUGCAUAAAACUCUGCUGCAGUCGCCUCACACUACAGCUUUAACUGAGGAGCAGCGUUUGAGGUAAUCUAAGAAGAAACCAUGGUGUGCCAGGUAAUCAUCUGUUUUGAACAGAACAGAAAGAUGUCCUUCGACGUGUGUCGACAAGAGAAGGAGCUGGCGCAGACUCCUGUACAGGACCUGAAACAGAAAAUACAAGAGCGACGACCUGGCACAGAGAACACCAGUAUGGGUCUGAUCUAUAAAACCCAGACCCUGGAAGACGACCGCAUGUUGGCUGACUACGGGAUCAAACACAAGUCUGAGAUCCAGGCGGUGGUACGAUGUGAUGGAGGUCUGGCUGCUUGAACCACGGACCAUCUCUACUCUACUCCCCUUUAAAUCAACUCAACUUACACUGGAAUUCAGUUUUUAUAACAUUUAUCGUCUCCCCUUUAUAUUUUGGUAGAAAAUAUAAAAUAAUAUGGUGCACAAAGAGUUAAUAAUCAAGCUUAUAGUCUUCCAUCCAUUAAAAAAUGUCAUCUUUUAGCACAUUCUGUUUUUACAUAUUUGUUUUAGAAAUGAGUUUAAAAUAUUGUCUAAAACCCCAGCGAUAGUUCAAUCUUAAAAAGUCAUGAGCUUUUUUACAUGUUUAUUUACAUAACAAACACACACACAUUAAACCUUGUUAGUGCUUCAUUUGUAACUCGCUGUUUAUAAUUGUAAAACAUGAUCACUCAUGGGAGACAUGAAGACCACAAAGGAAACACUAGACCUGCUCCAAGAAGAUUUUCAGAGCGACAAACAUUAAGACAAAAGGACUGAACGCUGAUCUUUUUGCAUUUGCGAAAAAUUAUCUGAUGUAAAGUGAAACCAAAAUGAAAACGUUGAGGCAAUGUGAUGCAGUGUGGUGAAUCGGCUGGUUUUCCUCCCAGCCUUUAAAGAUAACUCCCCAUUGUCUCAAACAUGGAAGGCUGGUCUCAGCAUCCCCACAACAACCAUUUGUCACCUAAUUUGUUUUUUAAUUGGUGAAUUAUUUCACCAUAAGGCUAUUCGUGCUGUUAUAAAUCUCUUAUGUUAUUAUGGGAAAUAAUUUCCUAGGUUUGGUCAUUUUUGACGCGUUUGUCAAACAUUUAUUUUCCCAGAAAUGCCUUUGAUCAAUUUACUUUUUUGACAUACAUUGUGACACAUGCAAAAUAGAAAGAGAUGAAACGAUGAGUCAAUAACUGUAAAUAGCUAAAUUUCAAUUAUCGCUGUUUGUUUCACUAAUUUUGUCUGUACUGUCUUAGUGCUCAAAAUAAAGUACAACUGCUACUAAUGGUAAUCUGAUUAUUUCUUCCUCUUAAUCCACAGUAAAUUAUGCAUAAUCAUUAGUUUUCAUAAGGGCUAGGUGCGACCAUUAGAAAUGAAAAUAUUUAUCCUCAAAUGGUCAUGUUUUUUCAUUGUCAUUCAUUUAAAUAGCAUCCUCCCAUCAUCCAUUCAUGUUCUGAACCCGGUUAUCCUCGCAGGGUCGCAGCGGGGUGGGUUUGCAUCUCCAGCGGUCACCGGCUGAGGGGCGGGGUAAACCCGGGUCGGGUUUUUUUUAACUUGCAGAGGUAAAGUCACAUGACUCGUCAAGAUUAACUGGGCUCGAAAUCGAAAGAGUUUACCAGAGUUAGACUUUUGUAGAGGCUGAUUGUUUCCUACAUCGCAGGACAAAUCGAGAAAACUCCCAAAAUGAGUUCUAAAACUAAAACUAAGUGUUAUAACCUGAGCGACCCUUCAAUCCUAUUUGUGAAUGAAGAGGAUCAGUUUGACUUUUUGUGUGAAGGUUUCCCAUCUCCAAGAGCUCGGAUGUCCUGCGGACAUGUGGUGACCCCGAUGUCUCUGACAAAGUGGUGUGAACAUCUGAUGAAAAAGGGGGAAACCAGGUUUGUGUGUGGCCAGUCUGGCUGUAAUGCUGUGUGGCCCUAUCAGGAGGUCUGUAAAAUGGCCCUCCUGACCCCUGAAGAAAUGGACUACUUUGAGAAAACCAUGGCCCUGAAUGCUGUCGCCAGAAAUCCUAACUCUAAGUUUUGUCCAGGAUGUACGUCUCCUGUGUCCAGAGGGAUCAGCUCAAACCUUUAUGUCUGCUGCAAAGUGUGCUCAUUAAAGACAGGACGCACCUUUGCAUUCUGCUGGCAGUGUUUGAGGGAGUGGAAAGGUCAACAGCCUCGAUCUGACCGCUGUGAAAAUGAUGACUGCCACAAUUCUGCCUUGAAGACACUGAGAGAUUGUCCAGAAGUCCAAAUUCAGACUGUGAAAGGAGCCAAAGGGUGUCCGUCGGUCCGUGCCUGUCCCACCUGCGGCUCACUGCUGCAGCACACAGGGAAAGGAUGUAAAAACGUUUCAUGCCCCCGUUGUAAGAUAUUGUUUUGUUUUGGGUGCCUGAAAAACACUAAUGAAUGUAGGACGACAGGAAACCACAAUGUUUAUGGAACAUGCUCCAGUGGCAUUGCCCCUAGACAGACAUCUAUACCUGUGUGGAAGUGAGAUCUUUAUUAGGAUUAUGUGCCUGACAAUUUCCCCAAAACAAAAGAUGGAACAAACACUAAUGUUUAUAUGACUUUCACAAUAUGGAAAUGUGGCUCUUUUUGUUGCCUGAUGCUUUUUUUAAAAUGGUAUUGGCAUCAUGUAAUCCUGUGAUAUUAAACGAUAGGUUGCAUUCUUCAUAAUGCCACAUUUGUGUUAUUUUGAUCUCAUUUUGUAUGUGAGGUAGUGCAAACUAACAAUCAUCGAUCUUUAAUCAAAUUAAACUGUUGCUGCCGUUCUGGAUAAAUAAAGAUUGAACCAUGAAA